AAGAAACACAUUAGCUGACAAAAAGCGGACCUCAUCCAAAAUGGCUGGGUGAAGUGCUGUUUCCUUUUAGGCUCGCUCACACGCUACAUGGCCCUCUGGAAAUGUGGUGUAAUGUGGAGCAGCUCGGUAAAUGUGGCUGUUAAAGUUGUGUACAUGUUCUCUCUCCUCCCCAAAACCCAUGUUCUCUCUUCCGUCGAGCUGAGAAUCGUCUGAGCUAACCUGGCUACAUCAUGGCUACACGGGCUAAUCGGCUAACCUUCGGCGGCCGGCGCCAUUUUGGAUCAACAACAGCUUCUUUAUCAGUGGUGGCUUUGUUUUCACUUUUGUUUUUUGUUUUUUUUGCCUUCGUUCACCAGUGUGAAUCCUCUCAGAUCUACCACCUGGCUUGAAGAUUCUAUUUUUUUUGUAUGGGCACAAUUGAAAGCAAAAGUUAAACGCGGCCUGCUUCCCUGGCGCAAUCCUUUGUCUGGGAGCGGCCUGCGUUCACAUCCUUAACUAUAGUAUAGGCUAGAGUUUAUUAGUGGCUUUAAUGGUGCAGCUGAGAAUGGACUGGUUCAGCCACUGAUCUUCAGUUAUUGUUUAAGUUUAGUCAUUAGAUGUCUUCGAGCUCGUUUGUUUUUAGUGCAUGUGACAAAAUGGCGUGCUUUCAAAAUGGACGCUCACUGGUCCCUAUGCAACACCACCACCACCCACCACUGAUGGACUCUUUACCACAUCGAUCAGCUUUUUUUUUUUUUUUUACUUGGUGGACUUCAGAGUUCUAUGGCAUCAUUUCUUCAGUGGGGGAUGUCCAUCAACUGGAUCACCACCUGUGAAGAUCUGCUGGGAUUCGUUGUGAAUGCUCAUCAAGAAACUCUGGGGUGGUUUUGCUGGAGAUGCAGGCUGCCCAAGCAGCUCCCUGACAAGUGGCAGCACGACAUGUUUGACAACGGUUUUGGCGCCAGUUCUGGAGGUGCCAGUGGAGGAGCAGGAGUGGAAACUGGAGGAAAGCUUCUUGUGUCCAACCUUGAUUUUGGUGUCUCCGAUGCAGACAUUGAGGAACUCUUUGCAGAAUUUGGCACAUUGAAGAAGGCUGCAGUUCAUUAUGACCGGUCAGGGCGCAGCCUUGGCACUGCAGAUGUCCACUUUGAGAGGAAAGCAGAUGCUCUGAAAGCAAUGAAGCAGUACAAUGGUGUCCCACUUGAUGGACGUCCAAUGAACAUUCAGCUCGUCACAUCACAGAUUGAUGCACAGAGGAGAACUUCAGUCACAAGCCUGAGUCGUGGUGGUGGUGGUGGUGGCAUGACCAGAAACCGAACAGGCUUCAGUAGCAUGCAGAGAGGCAGAGGCGGUCGUGGCGGCGGCGGUGGGCUCAGAGGCCGGGGCCGAGGGGGACGUGGCAAUAACAAACAGCAGCUUUCAGCAGAGGAAUUGGAUGCACAGCUAGAUGCCUACAAUGCCAGGAUGGACACCAGUUAGAUGACUUGAUCUGCAUUCCUGGCAUCUGGCAUGAAGACCUGUUCAUUACAGCUUUGAAAUAUCAGAAGUUUUACACUUAAUGUCUUUGAAAGUUUAAAUUUGUGUACCCAUUUUCUCCUUUUAAGUACUUUGAAAUUUUUUUUACCAACAUUUUUAUUUUUAGUUAGUUUUGAAAAUGUAGUGACUGUAGGAUGACUGGAGGUGUGUUUUGCCUUCUCUUUGUAGACCAUUGUAAUAAAGCCUGCAGUACACUAUCCAA